AUGCUUCUACAUACAAGAUUACCCACUCUUCGGAACAUAGGCUAUGUUCAGCGGUAUUUUUCCAACGUUUGCCGUCUCAAAGUGUUGUUCUUUGGAACGGACCACUUCUCAUUGCCCAGUCUGAAAGCACUACAUAAAAAUCUAAUAGAUAAUGGUCGCGUGGAGCGACUCGAGGUAGUUACUUCUUUCAAAGCGGCCAAGAAUCCGGUAAAAAGGUAUAGCCGCACCGAAGGUAUACCAUUGCACGAUUGGGCAUAUUUCUCCCGCAGAGCUGCAAGUACGUUUGAUCUCGGUGUAGUUGUUUCGUUUGGACAUCUCAUCCCAGAGACUUUGAUAAAUUCCUUCCAUCGAGGAAUGCUUAAUGUACACGCUAGUCUACUACCAAAGCUUAGGGGUGCAGCACCGAUAGUACACGCCAUCGCAAAUGGUGACCAGCGCACCGGAGUCAGUAUAAUGCGCAUCAAGCCCUUGCAGUUCGAUGUCGGUGAAAUACUGCUACAGUCUUCCGUCGACAUUGGGCGUGACACGCUAAUGCCACAGUUGCACGAUCAACUAGCAAACAUUGGGGCUGAUUGUUUGAUUGCAUGCAUUGAAGAUUUAGAGACCUACUACCAGAGGCAAACUAUACAGAAUAACGCUGACGCUACAUAUGCUCCCAAAAUAAGUCGAAAGUUUGCUAAAAUCUCGUGGAGCAAUUCAACUUCAGUAAGGAUAUAUGACUUGUACCGUUCCUUGUAUGGCUUACAACCCCUAAUAACAACCUUUGGCGGAGAUGUGGUAAAAAUUUUUAAACUAUCGUUCAACAAAGCGCAAACAAGUCUUACACCAGUUACACCAGGCUACGUGGAAUACUCCAAGCGCAACAAACAAUUGUUGGUGCGAUGUGGCGACGGACAAUUACUAGAAAUACUGCAACUAUCCAUCGGAGGCAAGAAAAUGCUUACCGGGCAAGACUUUUACAAUGGUUUUCUGAGCAAAGUGCACACAUCGGAAAGGUGUUUCAAGUGAAAUGUGAAAAGCUUAUAGUAAAACAUUUAGAACAGAAUG